AUGGGAGUUGAUUUCCCCCACGUGAAAUAUGUAAUACAUUUCGGUCCAGGAAGAACGCUAACAGACCAUUUACAGCAGGCAGGAAGGGCUGGAAGGGACUCUCAGAAUGCAUAUAACAUAAUUAUGUACAUGGGAAAACAUCUUCGGCAAUGUGAUGACACAGUUAAAAGUGUUGUAAAGAAGCAGGAGUGCAUUAGAAAACUCCUUCUCUGUCAUUUUACUGAUGAUGAUCCAACUGUGGCACCAAUGCAUAACUGCUGUAACAGAUGUCACAACCUUUGCAAAUGUGGUGGAGACAAGUGUGGAAAUGAUCCUUUUCCAUUUGACAAAUUACCACCUAGGGCUGAAGAAGAUGAAAAACGACGAGUAGUUACUGAGGAUGAUAAAAACUGCAUCUAUGAUGCACUUAUGGAAAUCAAGCAGACUUAUGUCUCGGAUUUUCUGAUAGCAUUAUUCAAUCCAUUGUGGAAAAUUCGCACAAAAUAUUUAGUGUAA